AUGGAUCUUGAACAAUUCCAAGCGAUGAAUGGAUGCUCUAUAAAGGCAAUUUACUUAAAUUUGCUUGGCACAUUCCAAAAAGUUCCCUGGAGGAAGUUGUUUUGUAAUAACUAUGGGGCUGAAAAAUGGAUAUUCAUAGUAAGGCUAGCUGCUCUUGAAAGGUUGUAUACUAAAAAUAGGCUAGUUGGCUGGGGUAUGGGUAUUAGUUUGGGUUGUGUUUUAUGCAUUAGUGGUUGUGAAUCUCUCCCACACUUGUUCUUUGAGUGUCCCUUCUCGGCUGAAUUGUGGCAUAGCUUGUUAAGGUGGCUAGGGAUAACCAGAAAAGUCCUACCAUGGAGAGAGGAGUUGGCAUGGAUCAAUAGCAACGUUAAAGGCAAAGGAGCAGCUGUGAUUAUAUUCCGAAUGGCUACGGCAUGUUGUAUCUAUCAUUUAUGGCAAGAAAAGAAUUGGUGGAUAUUUCAACACAAGAGUAAGAGUGUCCAGGCCAUAUGCAGAAUCAUUGUCCAAGAGAUAUUCUUUAGAGGUCAAAAAUUGUCCAAAGUAGCAUCUAAGUUGCAGGCCCUCAAUUUUUAUCCAAUGUAA